CGUUUCUCCUGCGACGGGACGACGUGGAACGCGCCAGAGUUGCUGCGUUGUUUUGGUCGUGUCCACUCCGUGCAGCCUGUAUCUAACCUUACAGAUCGAUCACUUGUGUGCAACUUAUAUGAUCGGAAAGUGUUUGUUUUUUACUUUUCAAACGCUUUCAACGAGCGGAUAGCUCUUUCUUCCGGGAUGUGAAUGUGUGAAGAUUGGUGGGAUGUAGUUUGGUCAGAAGCAUGAAUAGUCCGCAUACUUUCACAGAAGAACGAGAUGACUAUUUAGUUCAUCAGGAAAACGAACUAGAGGCCCUUUCGUCUAUCUUCGGGGAUGAUUUUAAGGAUUUACGAAAUAACGAUAAAUGGAAGAUCAAAAGGCCCCCAGAGGUGUACCUCUACCUCCGACCCAAUGGCCUCAACACCGGACAAGAAUCCUACGUGGCCGUAGACUUGCAGGUCAAAUGCCCAGCCACGUACCCUGAUGCGCCUCCCCAGUUGGAGCUGAAAAAUGCCAAAGGCCUCUCCAAUGAAAACCUCCAGUGUCUUCUCAAUGAUCUUACCAAGCUUGUGUCGGUGCGGCAUGGAGAGGUGAUCAUCUAUGAGCUGGCCGACCAUGUCCAGGGUUUCCUGAGCAAGUACAACAAGCCCCCUCCGAGCUCCUUCCAUGAGGAGAUGCUGAAGAACCAGCGACGGCAUCAGGAGAAGCUGGACCUGGAGGAGAAACGGAGGCUGGACCAACGCCGCAAGCAGGAAGAGGAGACGGAGAAGGAGAUCAUGGCUGAAAUCCAGAGAAGGGAGGACGAGAAACGGGAAGAGAAGAGAAGGAAGGAAAUGGCCAAACUGGAGCGUCUUGAGAGUAUGGAGCAGCCCCCCGCAUCAGACCCCCUGCGGGGCCGGAGCUCACCCAGCUUCACCGGACUAACCCCUGAACCCCCGGACCCUAAGAGAGGCACCCGCCGCCGGACCACCUCCAACACCCGCCACAGACGAGAGACAUUCAACGAAGACAGCCCUCCCCUGCCGAAUCCACUCCUCUUCAACCAAGGAUCAGCGGGGGAACUGCUGGUCCACCGAGGGAAGUGCCUGGGCGAGAGUGAGCGCCUGGGACGCAGCGUCUACUGCGGGUUGGAGGCCCAUUCAGGGGAGUUUGUGGUGGUCUAUGAGUGGGCACUGCAGUGGAACAAGAAGAUGGGGAAGUUCUUCACCGAGCAGGAGAAGAGCAAAAUCGAAUACUGUAAAAAGCAGAUCCACGGCGCGGAGAGCGAGCUCAGCUCCCUGCUGCGGCUGGAGCACCCCCACCUGGUGCGCUACCAGGCACUGAGCUCCAGCGAGCGGGACGACUGCCUGGUGGUGGACCUGCUGGUGGAGCACGUGGCCGGCGCCACCUCCCUCAACCAGAGCCUGCUCAGCCAGACCCCCGUGGCCCUGGACCGGCUGCGGCAGCACGCCGCGCAGCUGCUGGCCGUCCUGGACUACCUGCACGCCAACUCGGUGGUCCACAAGCAGCUGGGGGCCUCCAGCGUGCUGCUGGACCCCCGGGGCGGCGUGCGGCUCACGGACUACAGCCUGUCCAAGAGGCUGGGCGACGUGCUGAAGGAGGAGGUGUUCGAGCAGGCCCGCGUGCGCUUCUGCGAGGAGACGGCUCUGCCCGCCCGCACGGGCAAGAAGGGCGACGUGUGGAGCCUGGGGCUGAUGCUGCUGGCGCUGAGCCAGGGGAAGGAGGUGAAGGAGUACCCGGUGGCGGUGCCCGCCGGCCUGCCCGACGACUUCCAGGACUUCCUCAAGAGGUGUGUGUGUGUGAACGACGUGGACCGCUGGAACACCAAGCAGCUCCUUGAACACUCCUUCCUCAACCCCCCACCACCGAAACCAGUCCCCCAAGCCCGGGACUCCAGCCCCGAAGUGGAGGCGGAGGACUUCCCGUCCUCGGUGCUGCCCCACAGCCACAUCCUCGGCGCCCCCUUCAGCGCCGUGCUGCAGCCCCAGUUCUCCCGCUACUUCCACGAGUUCGAAGAGCUCCAGCUGCUGGGGAAGGGAGCCUUCGGGGCGGUCAUCAAGGUCAAGAACAAGCUAGACGGCUGCUACUACGCCGUGAAGCGCAUCCAGGUCAACCCGGUCAGCAAGCAGUUCCGCCGCAUCAAGGGCGAGGUGACGCUGCUGUCGCGCCUCAACCACGAGAACAUCGUGCGCUACUACAACGCCUGGAUCGAGCGCCACGAGACGCCGCCCGCCGCCUCCAGGUUAGACUGCUCCGACAGCUCCGAGCCCCGCAGCCCCGCCGACAAGCGGGCGGCGGCCCCCGGCCCGGCGGCGGCCCCCGGCCCGGCGCCGGCGGCCAGGGGCCUCUCGCUCGGCCUCAACACCCUGGGCCUCGACGACGGCGUGGAGAAGAACGCCCCGCCCCCCGCGCUGGCCAGCUCGGUGGAGUGGUCCACGUCCAUCGAGAGGUCGUCCAGCGCCAAGUGCAGCGGUCGCCACUCCAGCGAGGAGGACGACGAUGAUGACGACGACGACGACGAAGAAGACGUGUUCGGGGCGUCCUUUAUGCCGUCGGCCUCGGACUCGAGCGACAUCAUCUUCGAUAACGGCGAUGAGAGCGCUGAAGACCUGUCAAUGGUCGAACCAAGCAAAAGGCAAGCCGUCGACACGACGGAGAGCACAGACUCGGAGCGAUCUACCCUCAUCGUACAUUACCUGUACAUACAAAUGGAGUACUGCGAGAAGAGCACGUUGAGGGACACCAUCGACCAGGGGUUGCACGAGGACAGCAGCCGACUGUGGAGGCUCUUCAGGGAAAUCCUGGACGGCCUGGCGUACAUCCACGAGCAGGGUAUGAUCCACAGAGACCUGAAGCCAGUCAACAUUUUCCUGGAUUCCCAGGACCAUGUGAAGAUAGGAGACUUUGGCCUGGCCACUGACCACAGAGCUAAUGUGGCUGCAGGUAAACUGGAGCUGGAGGAGACUGGCCCUGCGGUGAUGCCUAAGUCGGAUCCUUCAGGCAACAUGACCGGCAUGGUGGGGACAGCCCUCUACGUCAGCCCAGAGGUCCAGGGGAACGCCAAGGCCACCUACAACCAGAAAGUGGACCUGUUCAGCCUGGGGAUCAUCCUGUUCGAGAUGUCCUACCGACCCAUGACCACUGGCUCCGAGCGGAUCUCCGUGAUUGGCCAGCUUCGCACGGAGGCCAUUGAGUUCCCGGAAGACUUCGACCAGUACGAGACGGGGAUGCAGAGGAAGGUGAUGCUGUGGCUGCUGAACCACGACCCGGCGCUGCGGCCCACGGCCCAGGAGCUGCUGCGGAGCGAGCUGCUGCCCCCGCCCCUGAUGGAGGAGUCGGAGCUGCACGAGGUGCUGCAGCACACCAUGGCCAACGUCAACGGCAAGGCCUACCGCUCCAUGGUGGGCCAGCUGUUCGCCCAGAACACCACGCCUGUCAUGGACUACGCCUACGACAUGGACCACGACAAGGGCUUCCAUUUCUACAGCGCCAAAUUGCAACAAUAUGUGUACGAAACCAUCACCAGAACCUUCAAGAAGCACGGUGCUGUGCGUCUCCAAACCCCCCUGCUCCUUCCCAGGAACAGGAAGUUGUACGAGGGCGCCGAGCUGGCCUGCUUCAUGGACCACAGCGGCAUGCUGGUUACACUGCCCUAUGACCUCCGAAUGGCAUUCGCAAGAUACGUUGCGCGCAUUAAAAUCACCAACUUGAAGAGGUACAGCAUCGAGCGCGUGUUCCGACCGCGGAAGCACGACCGCGCCCACCCCCGGGAGCUGCUUGAGUGCGCCUUCGACAUCGUCUCCCCCGUCACCAACAGCCUGCUCCCCGACGCGGAGGUGAUCUACACCAUCUCCGAGAUCAUCCAGGAGUUUCCCGCCCUGCAGGAGAGGAACUACAACAUCUACCUGAACCACACCAGCCUGCUGAAAGCCAUCCUGCUCCACUGCGGAGUGCCUGAGGACAAGCUGAGCCACGCCUCCAACAUACUGUGUGACGCUAUGAGUGAGAAGCUCACCAAAAGGGAAGUGGAGGCCAAGUUCUGCAACAUGUCACUGUCGACCAAUAGCGUGCAGACGCUCUACAAGUACAUCGAGCAGAAGGGCGACCUGGCCAGCCUGGGGCCACUGCUGCACUCGCUGACCAAGCAGAAGACGGCGGUCACCCAGCUGGCCAAGCAGGGCCACAAGGACCUGGAGGAGCUCACGGCGCUGCUGCAGCGGCUGGGCGUCAAGCUGCAGGUGGUGGUGAACCUCGGGCUGGUGUACAAGGUCCAGCACCACUCCGGGGUCAUCUUCCAGUUUGUGGCGUUCAUCCGCAAGCGCAAGCGCAUGGUGCCGGACAUCGUGGCGGCGGGGGGACGCUACGACCACCUGGUGCUGGAGUUCCGUGGGCCAGCCUCCACCACUCCGGCCCCGACUGCAGUAGGGGCCAGUGUGGCCCUGGACAAAGUGUGUGCUGCCAUGGCCAGCAUGGAGGAGCCGCCGGUGGUGAGCUCCUGUGACGUGCUGGUGGUGCCGGUGGGCCACAUCUCCGUCCCUCGCGCCAUCACCGUGGUCCAGAAGCUGUGGAGCGCCGGCGUGCCCGCCGACAUCGCCUACGACGUCUCACAGUCUCAGGAGGCGCUGUUGGAGCAGUGCAGGCAGGCUGGCAUCACCUCCAUGGCUCUGGUUAAUGACAAGGAGGGCAACUACAUCAAGGUGAAGUCCUUGGAGAAGGACAGACAGUCGGAGAAACGCAUUCCGGAGGGCGACCUGGUGGACCACGUCCUCCAGAAGUACCGAACCAGGUUGUUGGAGGAGAGGAGCGGCAGGGAAACCUGUGAUGGCAUCUCGCUCCAGAACCCUAAAGGGUCCAUGCCCAACUCCUCAGGUUCAUCAGAGCAGCAUGGGAGCAUUGGGACGGUGAAUGUGAACGUCAUCAGCCAGGAGAGGGUCCCCUCCAGUGCCAGGCGACGCUAUGAGACCCAGAUCCAAUCCAGAUUGCAGACUCUUGGUAGCAAUUUGCAGAACAAGAACAGCGACAUCGAGGUUCUGGCCGUGGACCUGCAGAAGGAAACGCUCAUCAACUUCCUGGCUCUGGAGGUUGGUUUUCCCCCUGCGGUGCAGUCAAUGAAGGAAGGGGUGGAGGGACAAGGAAGGAACACAAUGGGAUUCCCUCUCUCGCUCUCCACGGGAAGAGGGAAUCCCGGGUUGCAAAAUGUACAUUCGAGAGCGAGGAGCAGUUCAACAUCAGCGUCAGCCAUCUGUUGUCCCGCCUGCCCAAACAGCGCUACCUCAAGUCCAUCUGUGACGAGAUCCACCGCCUCAAGAUGGUGAAGAAGUUGGCUGUGGUGGUGCUGUACAGCUUCAAGGAUGACUACUACAAGAUACUCCUCUGAGUGUGUGAGCGCGUGAGCGAAGCCUCCACACCGGUUGGUGGCACCAGAGAGCAGCGAGGCCCGUCGUGUGUUUGCCUCGGCUGCUCGUCGCAACGCAGAUCCUGCUACAACACAGGGGGCUGCAACGGUUAUAAAACAUUUACCUUUGGGGAAAAAAGGUAAACGCGCACGCACAGAUUAACAACGCAGCUUUCUUCUUUAAUAUACAAUAUACGAUGAAUGUACCAGCUUAUCGGGUGUUAAAACCAAAACCUUGUUCAGUGUUUUUAAGCUCUCCAUGCAUAAUGUUUAGACUGGACUGGACUGCCUUAAUAGAAAACGAGCUUUCCACAAUCGAUAAAAUCUUUUUUACUUUUCGUAAAAAGUGACAAUGUGAAGUGUGAGAAAUAAAUAAGUAUUUUCCCUAAUUUUAA